AUGAACCUCUCCGACAUCAUCCUCGUGCGCAGCCAACAAGCCAGUCGUUUCUCACCCUCCCUCGGCUCCCGGGAGCUCAUAUACGCCUCUGGCGCCGACAAGCAACGCGUCAGAGAGGCAGAUCAGCGCAGAUUAUCGACCGCCGUUUUCCUCCCCAAAUCGACCGAAUGCGCCUACUCGCCGACGUCGCCCGGCGGGCUCUCCACAUCGUCGGCCCCGUCGGCCCUCAUACCACACGACAAGCACUCUCAAUCUGCUUACGGCACCUGGACCUACCUGGACCAUGCUGAGGGAGAGCUGGUGAGCAAGCGUGCGCAUUCUGGACCAGAUCUGCCCCCAUUUGCCUGGCCCCUCACUCUCCGCCGUGCGAAUCCCGCGCUUAUCUGGGCCCGAAUCGUGAAGGCGCUCGCCCCCGUUUUGGGUCGCGCUUCCAGGGCCGAUUCGCGCCAGAACCUUCUGCGCUUCAGUAUCGGCCGAUAG